ACGUGAUAACAUCAUUGGAAUUGAAGAUGGCUGCCGUCCCUGCACCCCCACCGCCGCCACCACCACCACCACCGCUUGUUCAAAAUGAAAAUGAUUUCUCCCAUCAGCCCAUACCUAAAGUUCAAUCUGUAGCGACAGAACCGGUACAAGCUAAUACACCUGAUGCCAGACCUGGGGAAUCAGCAUUGCAUCCUAAUCAGUUGAGGGAAUACAGCAAAAAAUGGUCCUUGGCAGGUGAUUCUGGGUUACUCCUUUACCUGAACGACUUCUCUCAAAGAAUAAUCUCAAGAACAUCUGAAAUUGACAAACUGGUUGAAAGUUUAGGAAAUUCUACAAAGGGUUCUAAUGCAAAAGUUCACAAUACGUUUAAUGACUUUUUGAUGUUAUCAAGCAACCAGUUUAUUGAAAACCGCGUUUACGAAGAUGAGAUAACUGAAGAAAAAACUGAUAAAGAAAACACAGAAAAACAAGAAAAAACUAGAGAACAAUUAGAAUCAGAAAUUCUUCCUCGAUAUACAAAUGCUGUUCACUUUGGCUUUAAUGUGUUGGAAGAUGCAUUUAUAACCGUGGAAAUAAAACCUACAGUUGAUGAUGAUUCAGAUGAUGAAGAAGUUGGAUCAAUCUCUGCUGCUGUAGCUGAUCCUAUAAUUGAACCAAAAGAUGUGUAUUCAAGCCGUCCUUUGCCGUAUUUAAUCGGUACUGCAGAAUUUAUUCAUGAUGAAACAAUAGGAUUAGUUGAAGUGCAAAGUGAAGACGAAGAUGAAAAUGUAAAAGUGGAAAAUGAGGAAUCCGACGAAGAAGAGGAGGAGGAUGAUGAAGAGGAAACAUCUUCUUCUGAAGAUAUUUCAGAAGAAGAAAGUGAAGAUGUGCGUCCUCAAAAGAAAGCAACCAAAAAGUCCUUCAUUGAGGAAUCUGAUGAUUCUGAAAACGAUCUGUUUGGUGAACCAAAAAGUAUAAAGAAACAUGUGGAAAGUGAUGAAAGUGAGGAUGGUGAUGAUGAAGAUGAUGAAGAUGAAGAGAUGGAGAGUGAAGAAGAGGAGCCUAAGAACAAUUUCCAAGCAGAAUUAGCUUCAAAACUAGGUUUGAGUAAACCAACUGUUGCGGACAACAGUGACGAUAAUAUCUCAAAUGAUGUAGAAUCGAUACAGGAAAAGAAAGCCACUAGGACUAAAAGUAAGUCGAAACGUGGUGGCUCCAUGUCAGCAGAAACUCAAAGUAUUAACUCUAAGAAAAGUCAUAAGGAAAAACAGAAACGGACUAAAAGUAUCGAGAGUAGAAACAGCCAAAAGAAAAGUGGAUCUAAAGUUAUUCAAAAGCCGAAAACAAAUCAAGAUGAUGAAGAUUUGUUUGCACCUCCCCAAAAGGAUGAAUUUUUUGAUGAAAACAAUGAUAAUGGACCUUUCGCAAAAAAGAGUGGCUUAUUUAGUGGUGGUGGAAAUAGUCUUUUCGAUGAACCUGAAGAUGAUGAUGGAUUGUUUUCAGAUUCUACGGAAAAAGCAAAGAAGAAAGAAGAAAAACAAGAAAAAGAGGACAAGGAAGAAGAAGAAGAAGACAAAGUCAGUAGAACAGGAUCCAUGCAGAGAACUACAAGUAGUGGCAAACGAAUCCCUGCUGGAGCUGUUUCGAUAUUUGGUGAUGCAAGUGGUGGUUUGUUUGGAUCUCCAGAAAAACUGAGUAGGUCAUCUUCAAAAACAAGUUCAGUUGUUGCAGAAUCACCACCAAAAAAACCUCCUCCUGUCGUCAAAGGUUUAUUUGAUGAAGAUGAUGACGAAGACAUGUUCAAUUCUGUGAAAAACAGCAACAACCUGGAUGUGAAGCCCAGUACAAGUCCAAGGAAAAAAACACUGGAGCUUGAAGACGAAGAUGAUGAUUUAUUUGGUGAUAAAACUAGCAAGGUGGAACCGAAAAAGGAGGAAAUAAAGAAAAAGGUCCCAGUAGGUGGAGUGUCAAUGUUUGGUGGAAUGCCACCACAACUAACAAAGAAAGGAAAAAGCGAUGUUGCAUCCAUAUCUGAGAAAAAAGGCAGUGGUGAAAAAAUAUUUGAUGGUGAUAAUGACGAAGAUAAUUUGUUCAAUAAAUCUGAAACGAGCAAGAAGUCUGACGAUAACAAAUCUGAAGCAAAGAAAAAAGAAGUAAAGAAAACUAACGUGAUUAGUUUGUUUGAUGAUGAUGAAGAUGAAGAUGAUAAUGGUGAUGAUAUCUUUUCAGGAUUGUCAAAAGUAAAGUCAGAAAGUUUACCACCAACAAAAGAUGCAAAGAUACCAAAAUCGUCCAGCAAACCAUCUAGCUUAUUUGAUGAAGAGGAUGAUGAUUUGUUUGCUGUUCCCACGUCAAAAUCAGACGCACCUUUUGCUGCACCAAAAGAAAAUAAAUCAGCGCCUGCAGUAGAUUCAGCUAGCCCUGUUGCACCAAAAAAGGUUGCUACAAAAAAAGAACCAACACCGAGCUCAGUCACUACAACUAAACCUGCAUCGUUGUUCUCUGGAGAUGGGUUAUUUGGCGAGGAAGAUGAUUUGUUUGUGACAAAACCUGUAGAAAAAGUAAAAGCGCAUAAGAAAGAGGAACCAAUUAAAAAAGAAGAACCAACACAAUCAACAAAACUGGCCAAAGCACCGUUAGACCCUUUUGGUGAUGACAGUGACGAUGACUUGUUUGCUACUUCUAAGCCAGUGGCAUCAAAGCAAACAGCAGCUAAACCUUCAGAAAAACCUCCUGUAAAAUCCAGUGAUGGAAUUUUUGAUGACAAUCAAGAUGAUUUAUUCUCUGGCUCAAAGUCUUCGCUGAAAAGCGAACCCAAAAGUGCAGAUCCAGCAGAAUCUUCGAAACCAUUAACUGUUGAAGAUGAAGUUGAUACAAAGCCUAAAAAACUUGCAGGAGCUGUUUCGCUUUUUGGUGGCAUCGAUCCGUUUGCUGCUAAAAGUAAUUUAAAGAAAACAGAAAAAUCACACAUUUUGGCAUCAGAUGAUGAGGAUGAUGAUGGUGGCUUAUUUUCAGCAAAGAAAAAGCCACUACCACCUUCCAAUGUAAAUCCAAAACCCACUCCUAAAAGUGCAGAGAAAAUUAAAGUAGAAAACGAUCCUUUGUCUGUGUUGUCUGGGAGCACAAAACCAGUAGUGACUAAACCAGUAAACAUUCCAAAAAAGUCAGAUUCUCCAUCAUUGCAUGCAGAUACUUCAACUAAAAAAAAUAGCACUGAAACCAGUCCUAAAAAAGCGUCUUCAAACGUUGGCAAGUUGCAGGCUUCAUUAAAUUUCAAUCCUUCUGCACUUCUUCCUGGAGCAGCACCACCCAAAAAAGCAGAGCCAAUAACUGUAGCGUCAUUUGAUCAGCCUCCUGAUCUUAAAAUACUUGAAAAUGUUUCCAAGACUCGUGCUCGAGGACAAGCUAAGCGUAGGCCUCCAACCCGAAGGGCUAGAAACGUAACAGAUGCUAAGGAUGAAGAUACAUUCUCAAAUUCAAUAGAUGGAAAUAAAGAAGCAUGCGUCUCUCAGGUUACUGCAGCCGAAGUAUCCACAACAUUACCUGACCUUUCAUCUCAUUUACCACACAAGACGUUAGAGAGUAAAAAAAUAGCUGUUACUGAUAUAUUUAAUGACGAUGAGGAUGAUUUAUUUUCAACACCGACAAAACCAAUCACCGUUAAAACUAAACAAACAAAAAUUUCAGAUGAUGAUGCAUUGUCAAAAAAAAAUCCAAUACCCAGUAGCAAUGAAAAAUAUGAUAAUAAUUCUCAUGCUCAAAGUGAUUUAAAAGACCAAAUAAAUAAGAAAACUGAUAUAUCAGAUGAUUUGUUUGGCACUCCAACAGAGCACAACAAAACUGUUACUUCAACAACAAAGAAAUCUGACAGUAAUACUGAUUCUAAUGAUAUUUUUUCAACAAAAGUUGACAAGAAAAAGACAGAGGACAAUUUGUUUUCUGCUGCCAUUAAUAGCUCGUCUCUAAAAAGCAAAGAGACUCCUCCUGAAUCACAUGAUGAUGUCUUUUCAACAAAAGUUGACAAAACCGAAACUGAGGACAAUUUGUUUCCUCCUAAAUUACAGGAUAAUAUAUUUGAUAACAAUGAUGAAUUAUUUAAUGUUUCAAAUUCUAAGAAACAAAAAUCAAAAGAAUUGGUUGAUGAUGAAGAUGAUUUAUUUGCUACCAAACCAAGAAAGAAAGAAGCAUCAAAAUCGAAAGCGAAAGUAGUGAAAAAGAAAACAGACGAUGACUUAUUUGGCAACAGCGGUUCCAUUUUUGAUGACAUGCCAGUCGCAUCAAAAGAUAAGAAAAAAAAGAAGAAGAAAAGUGAAGUAGUAGAUGAUAUCUUUUCAACAACCUCAUCAACAGAUGAUAUAUUCGCCUCAAAGAAAACGAAAACCAAGAAGAAAGCCGAAAAAAGCGAAACGAAAACGAAAACAAGUAAUGUUAGCGACGAUAAGCCGAACAUAUUCGAUGAUCCGCUGAAUGCGUUGGGUGGAAAUUGAUCAUUUUAAGUUGGAAUUUGGGAUAAUUUUAAAUUAGUAAAUCUUUGAAAGAUAUCAAAAUAUGUUAAAAACUAAUGCCUCAACCUAUUUUCAAAUAUCUACCAUUUUAAUCGUUUUUCUAUUUUUUUUUUUUUGUAGAUACCAAAUAUUUUUUUUAAUUUUCUGGAAUAUAUUUUAAUAUAAGAGUUAAAAUUAAA